UUAAUUCACGCCAAGAUUAACAUUUUCGCGAAAUUUCAGUUACCUAGAAACACAUAGAGAGUGCAAUUUUAGCAAUUGUUAGAAAUGCUCCUUUUGACGUAAUGUAAUCAAAAUUAUUUAAUAAAGUUAAAAAAAUGGUUGAUACGAAAUUUAUUAACCAUUGCAACGAUUUCGACGGAUUCUUAAAAAAAUCGAAAAAAGCCUUCGAGGAACGCUGGCAGAUGAAGUUCGAAUCAAACGCAAAAUUGAGCGAAUUUGAGAUUAUAAAAACCUUGGGAACUGGAUCGUUUGGAAGAGUUUCUUUGGUUCGACAUUGUUCGCAAAAACAGAAAAUAUACGCGAUGAAAAUUAUGGAAAAAGCACAUUUGGUGAAAUUAAAACAAGUCAGUCACGUGAUGUCAGAAAUACGAAUUUUAGAUGCGGUUCAAUUUGAGUUUUUGAUAAACAUGCAAUAUUUUUUCAAGGGAAAUGUUUAUAUUUAUUUAGUGAUGCCUUUUAUUAACGGCGGAGAAAUGUUCAGCCACUUAAGAAUGCAAAGGAAAUUCGAUGAAAUGUUGGCAAAGUUUUACGCGGCCCAAAUCAUUUUAGCUUUUGAAUAUUUACACAAUUUGGGAAUUAUUUAUCGUGAUUUAAAACCCGAAAAUAUUUUAAUCGAUAAAGACGGUUAUUUAAAAAUAACGGAUUACGGAUUUUGUAAGAAAAUUGAUAACAGUCGGACAUAUACUUUAUGUGGAACUCCGGAAUAUUUAGCCCCAGAAAUAAUUAUGUCUCAAGGUUACAAUAAAUCCGUUGAUUGGUGGGCAAUCGGAAUAAUAAUAUACGAAAUGUCUGCGGGGUACCCACCAUUUUACGCCAAAGAUCCUUUAAAAAUCUACGAGAAAAUCGUAUCUGGAAAAUUUGUUUGCCCACCACACUUUUCUAAACCCUUAAAAGAUCUUCUCAACGCAAUCAUUCAAGUUGACCGAUCAAAACGUUACGGAAUGCUUAAAAAUGGAGCAAGAGAUGUUAAAGCACACGAUUGGUUUAAAUCAAUCGAUUGGGACGCAAUUUUAUACAAAAAAGUUAAACCAAGUUUUAAACCUAAAGUUGUUGAUCCCGAAGAUAGCACCAAUUUUGAUCGAUACGAAGAAAUUGAGUUAAGAGAAUCGGAAAUUGAAGAAUUUCCUAAUGAAUUUGCUGAAAUUUUACUUAAAACAUAAAAUCAUUGUAAAAAAAUAAAAUUUUUAUUGGUUUCAA